CAAGCAACCAAAAUUACCAGGAAUUGAACAAUAAGUUAAUAAGAACAGAACGAUCCGUGUUCGAUAGUGUAGUAGACCCUUCUGCGCAAUAGUAACCCGCGUACAGCUCCUUGUGUGCGGCACUCACGAUAUUGUGCGCCUGGAUAGCCGCUUUAGUGUACGCGCCUGUUGGUGUAAUUAGCCCUCGUUGGUAUCUUAACUCCUUGUACAUAAGGCAACAUGGGGUGCGGGAUAUCUAGUGAAGACAAAGACGCCUUCGACAAGAACAAGCAAUUGGAUAAUCAGCUGAAGGCCGAGAAAGAUAAACUUCGCAAUGAGGUGAAGCUAUUACUAUUAGGUGCCGGAGAGUCCGGAAAGUCCACUGUCGUGAAGCAGAUGAAAAUCAUUCACGAGAAUGGUUUCUCUAAGGAAGAGUGCUUACAAUUCCGCGAUGUUGUAUACGAUAAUACGAUAUUCUGUAUGCAAACUAUUCUUAGGGCGUUUCCUCAACUGGGCCUGGAGGUUCCCGAAGAUGUGAAGAAAUACGAAGCGGAGAUGUUGGAUCUGGGUGAGAAUCUCGAGGGUGUUGGCAUGAGAGAGCCAGUUGCACAUGCAAUCAAAGAACUCUGGGCGUGUCCUGUUGUACAAGAGGCCUACACGCGCCAGAAAGAGUUCCAGCUCAACGAUUCAGCCAAAUAUUAUUUCGAUGAUAUUGACCGAAUCGCCGCACCCGAGUACAUGCCCACCGAUCAGGAUGUACUGCGAUCCCGUAUCAAAACCACCGGAAUUAUCGAGACGAAUUUCGUAUAUAAAAAUUUACAGUUCCGGAUGUUCGAUGUCGGAGGUCAAAGAUCCGAGAGAAAAAAGUGGAUUCACUGUUUUGAGAACGUGACCGCCAUUAUCUUCUGUGUCUCUCUAAGUGCAUAUGAUCUUAUGCUGACAGAAGACGAGUCUCAGAACCGAAUGCACGAGUCCCUCAAGCUUUUCGACUCGAUCUGCAACUCUAAAUGGUUCGAGCGCACUUCAAUCAUUUUGUUCCUUAACAAAACUGAUUUAUUAAAACUCAAGAUCCUGACGUCACCCUUAGCACAAUGUUUCCCGGAAUACACAGGAGGAGAUAACUACUCUGAGGCCUCUGCGUAUAUUCGAUCGAAAUUUGAAGCGCUCAACCGCUCGCAAGAGAAGCAGGUGUAUACUCAGUUUACCUGUGCUACCGAUACAGACAAUGUCAAGUUCGUCUUCAACGCAGUAACCGAUAUAAUUAUUCAAAACAAUCUGCGAGAUUGCGGACUUUUGUAAAUCAGGUUUACCCCGACUUAAAUAUAAAAUCAUCUGGUAGCACACCUAGUUGAUCGCUGCAACGCAA